CCGAUAUUUCGACAUAUAGAUAGUCUGCUUUAGAACCUGAGUAGGCCUGCGGUUAUCGGAUGUGUAUGGAUCGUCGCUGGUAUCACGAUAUCGAUGUGUCGCCGACACCUCUAAUUUCCUUGAUGGAUUGCGUAUCAUGUAUUCGCGAACCCACAGAGGAUGACAUGGUUUUGAUCCAUCAGACAAUGAUGGCUGACGAGCAGGCAAUCCAGGAACUGAACAGCGAAAUGACCAUACUGUAUUCUGUUCUGGAGCGCCUCCGCUUGCAGAAGGACAAGCACCGGGAGAAUAUACGUCGGGCCCGUUCAUUGUUAACCCCCGCCCGCCGCCUACCUCCUGAGCUGCUAGCUCGCAUAUUUGAAAUAUGUGCCAAAAGCGGCUGGACGCGUGCACCUGUGGUUGUUUCUCAAGUGUGCUCGGCUUGGAGGAAAGCCGCAGCAUUUCCUCGUGUUUGGUCCCAUCUCUUCCUUGACCUGAGAUCGGGGAACUCGAUCGGCAAAGUGGAGUUUUGGUUGAAUAAGGUUCAACACGCGCCAUUGCAUAUAACUUUGGAUAUCCCUCUCGAGUCGCCGUCAUUGGAGGAGGUUUUGGGUUUACUCAUUCCUCUCUCCAAGCAAUGGCACACCCUUAUCGUCAAAUCUGUAGACUCGACAAUAAUGAACUACGUCCUUCGCCGCUGCAGUUCUCCGUUACCUGAUUUAAGGCAACUCGAUGUCAUUACUGAAAUGGAGGGUUCUCAGGGAGAUCCUGUGAAUAUGUCAUCUCUUCAAGACGCUCCGCGCCUAUCUCGAUUGCUCAUUGAACAACCGAAUCUUCCACAGUGGAGCAACUUUAUGGGGGUCACGAAACUGCACGUUGUGCUCUCUUCUUCAACGUUGUUCAUACCCUCCAUAAAUGCCACCGACUGGAUCGAAAUGUUGCAGGUCUUGCCAGAGUUAAGGGACCUCACACUGGAGCUCUCUAAACCAGGAACACGGGCAUACAACGAUUCCCAACGCUCUGUGGAUCUUCCUCAUCUGGAAUCACUGACACUUCACGUCUCUCCCGAAGUGAAUGGAAUCCUUUUGACAAUGCGCGCACCUGCGUUGCGUCAGCUCCACCUGCGCUGCUCAUCUGAUCCCCUUGCACGGCCCCACAUGCCCUCUGGCGCUCACUUAUGCCAGUUCCUUCAGUCUUCCCCUUGUGUACAGCUUCUAGAACUCUAUGAUAUUGACGUGGAGCGCGUCGACUUUGUGCGAUGUUUCGAGCUCCUUCCUAAACUAGAGGAACUUCGUCUGCACGACAGUGACAUUGCUGAUGAACAACUGCGGCUACUACACGGGGACAACGGACAUUGCCCAAACCUUGCUCUUCUUGACUUCCGCUGGUGCAAUUAUCUAAGUGGCAGUGCGCUCGUGAACCUUACCCAGAGCCGGCUACCACAAGAUGAAAGCGAGGGUGGAAUGUCGCCCAGAAUGCCACAAAUGAGGCGCAUUAAUGAAGUGGCUGUUAUCAACUGCCUACACGUUAAAGAACAGGAUGUUCUUGAUCUAGCGGAAAUGACACUUUGUAGGCUCCUGAUGAGAUCGGACGAAGAUCACUGUUACAGAAGGGGUUGCUGCAACAACGAGAGGUAUAGGCAACGACUGCGACUACGCCACAACAAUAAGUUGCCGGAAAGAGUCAUCCUCUGAUCAUGGAUCAAACUUAAGCUUGAUAGUUUGUACAGACUAGAAUACUAGAAUUCGGACUGCAAAUAGACAAUGUAACACUAAGUAAUACACUUGAUCCCCAACUCCAGAAGUGGGGAGGUUCUG